AUGGCAUCGUCGCCACUCCUGACGCUGCAGUAUGCAAGCCUCGAGGAUGUGGCGCAGGACCUGGACAUGGUGAUCCAGUCCGCGUCCGCCGAUCAAUGGAGCUGGCAGGGCGUCAAUGCCGACGAGGAGGAUGCAUGGUCGCGCUUCGUACAAGAUCCGAGCUCGGUUCUCGCUGAGGAAGCAGAGUCUGCGAUCGCAGGCAUGUCCGGCAAGAUUCAGGUGACGCAGGACGUGGCGCUGUCGUUCGCGCUGCUGUCUCGCGGUGGUUGGCUGGACGGAUCGACCAUCGAGGCGGUCGUGGACGUGUCGGCGCCCACCAUCUCGAGCCAGGGUGUAGCGACGAUCAAGGAGGCGCUUGUCGGUCGCUCGCACGCAUGGGAUGACGAUGGGGUUGAAUCACUCUUUCUGUUUGACUUGCUAACAACGGCUCAGGAGCAAGUAGCCUCUGCCGAUCUCGCACCAAACGCCGAAUCAGGCGGGCGAGAGCAGGGCCUCGAAUCUGUCCCGAACACCAAGCAGUCCGAAUCGCCCACUUCGGUCGAGAUGUCACGCGCGCUCUUCUGGUCGCACCAUCUCAAGGCACCCUCCAAGCUCAAGGACUUCAACAACUGGUGUCCCGAGCUGCGCAUCUGGGGCAUCGUCCGCACAGGCUACCCUGGCUACCUCUGUUUCGAAGGCGAAGCUACGGCGGUAGCCGAGAUGGUACGCCGUGUAAAAGCGCUUCAAUGGCACGCCAUCCAGCUCCGUGUCAACGAGACCUGGACUUGGCAUCCAUCCUCAUCUGGCGAUGCAGCCAAUCUCGCGCCGCUCGAGCAAGCGCUUCUCUCGUGUGCCCUGGCGCAGGAUCAUCCUGCCAACACCGAGGUGGGCAAGGUGCGCACGGGAUGCCAGGUCCUCGAUUCGUUGGGUGAACUCGUGCAACGCCUGCGCGAGUGUGGCCUGCCCCACGACGAGAUCUCCGACGCUCUGGGCAUACGCAUCAGCACCGCACAAGCCUCAGAUUCGUAA